UCUUUGGAAUUUAAGCUUGUAUUUCCAGAAGUUGCGAGAUACAGGAGUGAUUGUUAAAUUAGUACUAAAGUCUGAGUGAAGCCAGUAGUUUAGCGAAAAGAAUUUUUGAAGGAGUUUCGUUGUUUGCUAUACAGAUUGUGAUAUAGAUUGUGUCGCCAUCUAAUUCUUAAUUUUCGAGGACCCUCUCAGCGUCUACCGGUCACUCGAAAUGGCUAAGUGGGGUGAAGGUGAUCCCCGAUGGAUUGUUGAAGAACGACCAGAUGCAACAAAUGUCAACAACUGGCAUUGGACAGAAAAGAAUGCCUGCCAGUGGUCUGUUGAUAAACUCAAGGAAUUGUUGACAGGUCUGAAAAUUGAAAAUGCACUUGCUAAAUGUUGUAUAACAGAGGUGGAGAAAUGUGAGGGAGAAGCAGUAGCAAACAACAGAAAAGGGAAAUUAAUAUUUUUUUAUGAAUGGGAAUUGAAGCUAAAAUGGAAAGGUUGUCUUCUUGAUUCAAAGAAGACAGAAAUAGAAGGCACGGCAGAAAUUCCUAAUUUGAGCGAAGAGUAUGAUGCAUCAGAAGUUGAUGUAGACUUCAGUGUAAGAACUCGCAGUGUGGAGGCUGACAGACUGAAGGAACUUAUCGCCAAAGAUGCAAGGGAUGUUAUUCGAAGUCAGUUGGCAAAAUAUAUAAAAGCAUUAAGGGAAGAAUUUGCUAAGGGCAUGAUACUGCCAAAGAAAGAAGAUGAGCAAGCAACAAAACAAGACAGCCUUGCUAGCUUAACUGCUGGUUUCAAAAGCAAGGUUAAAAUGGACAGUCCAAGCAAAGAAGGGUCAUCAAAGAAACUGAGCACAACUACUUUGACAAUGUCUGUGAAGCUCCAGUGCAGGAAGGAAGAAGUUUACAAUGCUCUCACAAAUAUUGAGCUAGUACAGGCUUUCACCAAUGGUCCUGUUGUGAUGGAAAUGAAACCUGGUGGAAAGUUCGAGCUCUUUGGUGGAAACAUACAUGGAGAAUUUUUGGAGUUGGUUCCUAAUGCUAAAAUCUGUCAGAAAUGGAGGUUCAAGGGAUGGCCCGAUGGUCAUUUCUCUGACGUCACAAUGGACAUAGAGGAGCUGUCGGACUGUACGGAGGUGAAACUGGUACAGGAGGAUGUGCCAGAAAGUGAAAUGGAUACUACUAAAGAAAACUGGAAUCGGUACUACUGGGAUGCUAUGAGGAAAACAUUUGGAUUUGGAGCAUUCUUCGUGUGACUGGCGGAUAUUAAUCACAAAGUUUGCAGGAGGAACUGACCAUUCAUGCAUUCUUUUUUUUUUAUUAUUUAAUCUUUAGAGACUGAUCAGUUGUGUGUUAAAUCUUGUGGGCAAUAAUAAAUGGUGCCCUGUUGUGUUGCGCUACAAUUUAUAUGAAACUAUUGCGAGUCUGUUAAGUUAUUGUUGCUUGAGGACAUUAUUAGUAUUUGGACUGGUUGGCUUGUAGGUUGCAGCCUUCUACGAGAAGAAAACAGAUGUUUGCAAAACGUACUGUUGUGCGUUUAAUUGUACUAUACGACAUUCAUCAUAAGAAUAAACCUCAUGUAAACAAUACACUAUGUAUUCUUCCACAUUUGCUGGAACUUCAUUGGAUUUCGUUUCACGUGGAAUUGAAUCCAAGCUGUCUAAAGUACAGUAGAGUACAAUAAUGAGGAUACAUUAUAUGCUGCGUGUUACGCAUACAUCAACUCGGUGAUAAUACGCGACAACAGCUUUACUGGCACAUUUAACAUGGACAGCACUGCCCAGCCACCUGGUCUAACUAACCUGCAGUGAUGUGAACAGUUGCAGUAAAGAUGUAAAAAAAGAUGAGCAGAGAACAAUGUAGCUUUGAAUGUCAUUUAAUUUUAAAACAGAAGGAAAUAAUGGUAAAACUCGAGCAAUACGCAUCUUAUGUGAUCUGAUGGAACACAUAACAUGCUCACGAUCUUAGCAAACAUAGUAUUGUAAUUAAAAACAAGAGUGAUGAAAAUUCCUUACUUUAACAAGGGUAAUUUUUCUCCUUGAGCUAUGUAUGGUGUAAAAGCAUUCUGAUGGGAGUUAACGAUGUAGUUAAAUAUUGAAGCCACUGAAGGUAUUACUGUCAGUUGCCUGGUAAUCUUGAACUCCCUCCAUAUCGAAAUCCAAGGAAUACAGUACUGCUACAUUGAUGAUCAGGUGAUCAGCAACAGAAUCUCAGGCCACCAAAAAGUCCCCAUGUCCUCCUACUCCUCUUCUAUGACUUUCUGUUCUGCAUUUCGCCAUCAUUUGGUAGCAACGUGUCAAGUAGCUUCGUGAAUUAAUUCUAGUACAUUUGGCAGCUUAAAUACCUUAUUUUUUGCAACAAAUCUGUUAACUGAACUCCAGAUCAAUUCUAUUUAGUCCAGAUUGCAGUGUGAAGGUGACAACUGUUAAAAUGCAGCAUUUGUACAGUGUGGUAGUUGAUAUGAAAAUUGCUGUUUUCCAUGUUUCAAUUAUGCUUAUCACUCGGGCUUGUGAGAGACCACAUCUGUCCUACAAAACAAUGGGCAUAUUCAAACAAAGAAUAUCUGAUUUUUCAUUUUUCUCCAAAAAAAUUUGUGAUUCUUUUUUUCUUAACUUCAACAAUAUUUAAAAAUCUUUCAUAAAAUAUCGAUAAUUAAGAUUGUGCAUUUGCAAUGAAAACCAGAAUUUUGCAUGUGCUAUGUAAUUAGUAGGGACCAGAAAAUGUAGCACCUAUGUUUUGCAAAAUUCGCGUAUAUUUUUGUCGAGAUUUGCAACUGUUUUCUUUGUUUGUAAAUGAUUAGAGGCACAAAUUUAAAAGGCUGUUGUGCUACAUGGAUGAAGAUUAAAUUAUUAGUUCUUUAAAACUACUAUUGAAAAAAGUGCUGAUAGGGAACUUUUUGACUGGAAUGUCUGUUUUUGCAAAAACUUACACAUUUUUCUUCUGAAAUGACCUUUGCUUUCUUCGUUUGGGUGUAUUUAAGCUUUCAAAACUGGCUGUUGUCCUGCUUGACAAUCCCACGGCUAGAACUGGCUAAUACUUAGCUUAGAAAUAGAACUGAAAGAACAGCAACUCGAUUUUAGCAUUAGGGGAAGAAUUCCAGUGACAUCAAAAAAUGUUACAGAUUUUGUUUCCCAGUCACUAUAGCGCAGUGGGCAGGAGUUACAGGCUAUAGUCACAGAUGGCCGCAAGCGUAAACAGAACAGAAUGUUGCUCACCAAAUGAGGAGUGCUGGUGCAGGGAAACAAGCCCCGCCUCCAUUUCACUGGGCAGCACCCUCCAACAGAACUGGCACAUUGUCACAGGGAUGGCCCAAUCUCUUCUGGUGUUGUAAAGGUUGUAAUUGGAAGACUUGAUGGACCAGGAUUAGUCACUUCACCUAUUUCAAAAGAAGAAAAGAAAACAAUGGGAAACACUCAACACAAAGCAUUUGGGGACGGCUAUCGUGCAGUGGAUUGUUGAAGUGAGCAGAGUAUUGUUAACGAUGUAGUUCAGGCCCAAUCUCUAGCGGUAUUAGAUGCAACUACAGUUCAAAACAUCCGCCACCUAAUUUGCCACGUUAAAACUGUCCACAUUAUACUAUCUUUCGAGCUAUAGGUAACAAAUGUAUAUGUUUCUUUCUUGUAAAAUGCUAGGUCCCAUCACUGAGUACUACAUUGCAUUACGUGACAUGUGCCUUAAACAGACCAUUCAACCGCCCACAAUUGGCAUGCCAUCAGAUCAUUGAGCGCAUUGAUACAUACUUGAGUUCAUACACUUCAUUUUGCAAGUACGUUCUUGCGCUCAUUACCUUCCAAAAUUGGGCUUUGCCAGAUGAUUUAAAACCAGUAAUGGCUUACAUUACCCGUAUUAUACGCAGAAAAUAAAACUAUUUCGAACUAUCUCUGAUAAAUAGCUCAUGUGGUUUCAUUUCACUAUGAAACAGUUGAUUACAUAAUUUUGUGUUUUCACAGUUUGAGGCAGAGUUCACAUCUAUUUUGCAUUUAUUGCAAAAUGCAAAUUUUUCUAGUCCUUAGUAAUUAGAAAAUAAGACAUGCAUUUUUCUUGGAAAAAAUGAUGGUUAAUGAUGAGUUAAGUACCCUAUAUUUGAUGAAUUUCAUAUUUAAAUGAUUUAGGUAUUCAAACUGAAAAAAAAGUUGUAGACCACAACAGGUUUUGAUCUGCUGCCAGCUAUGGCGCUACUGAAUACACCACACAUAUAUUAAAUUACUGUCCCUUAUAUUUAUUACAUAGUGUUUCACAAAAAACGUCGGAUGGAUUUUCUCUGUAAUCUUGUGAAAAACAUUAAGAGCUACUAGUUUCUAGCCAUUAACGGUGUUCCGUACACAUUUCACUAUGAAGCAAGAAGCAGUGUAACCCAUUUCCACGGUACAUACGAACGAUUAUACAAUCAGAGCACAAGUAGUGCUUACAGAGACUGUGACUGUACCUGAUUUUUGAAGUAAAAAUUGCAUAGCUAAAGUGCGAUUCAGAAAAGACAUUGAUGGCUGUUAAUAAAUCAGAAUGUCUUAGUUUCUUUUACAGUGACAUAGUAAUAAGAUUUCCAAUGCACAAGUUGGACCUACUUCGAAGAGCGAACAACGCCAGUGUAAGAGAGCUACGGCUGCUGACAAAUUGUUGCAUUUGUGUCUGUUUACAUCAGAUUUAUUCUUAUGAUGAAUGAAGUAUAGAUUAUUUCUGUUGUGUAAUGUUAUGUUUGCUGCCUUGCUGCUGGUGAUAACGUUCCAUUUGCAAGUACUUAAGUCAGUAAAAUGUUGGUAAGUGAUAAGAUGUUCCUCAAACACUAUACAGUGUAUAUUGUUUUGCCACAAUAUCUACAGUAGUUUUGUAUUAAUGUCUGAAAGUAUCUUCCAUGACCUAGCCAAUGACGCUAACUUGAAGGAAUUUCCUUAAUAUGCAAAAAUGAUCAUGGGCAAAGGAAUGCAUACAUUGAACGUGUCACAAAUUGUACAAAACUUGAAAACUUGUAAUAACACCUGUAAGGUAAUUUAAUACAGAUACAUGCGGUAAAUAAAAUAAACCGCUUGAGAAAAAGAUGUGGGUGAAUCAUAACUCGUUGAUUUGUAAAUGAUACAGGGUGUUGAUUUAUGAUGAAGAUCUAAACCAUCAGUCGUCCAAAAUGUGAAAGUUUUGAAAGCCAGAACAUCCAUGUUCAAUUAUGUUUUAGGUAUUGACACAUUGCUACCUGCUCUCCCACCCCCUUCUUGUUUAUUACUGAAUGUUGUAUUAUAAUUCUUUGUUCAUGCCUUUUCUGUAGAAUUUAGGGUAGUAAAAUGUCGAAUUUAGAAUUAAA